CGCCACAAAGUUGAUGGCCACCGUAUGCGAUAAGAGCAAAGCGAGGGUUCAGAAAUAAACAGUGUGACUGGUUAGUGGUGUAGUAAAGUGUGUAGUGAAGAGCGCGCGACAACGUUGAGAGAUGUCUUCGUCUAAUAAAAAGAUGAAAAAGGUAGAGGAAGCAAUACUUAAUGAUGGUAAUGAGACACGAGAUUACGACCUUGAGAUACAAAAAACACUUGAAGAAAUUGAUGGAUGUCAAAAUCAAAUCGAUGGUCUCAACGAGAAAGCCAGCGAUGAGAUUCUCGAGGUCGAGAAAAAGUAUAACAAGCUACGUAAACCUUACUUCCAAAGACGAAAUGAAAUCAUCAAGAGGAUACCUAACUUUUGGGUCACUGCUUUUGUGAAUAAUAAAAAAAUAGCUGAAAUUUUGGAAGAAGAGGAAGAAGAUGCUCUCAGAUAUUUGAAUAAAUUAGAAGUUGAGGAGUUUGAAGAUAUUAAAUCAGGAUAUAGAAUUAAUUUUUAUUUUGAUGAAAAUCCAUAUUUUGAAAAUGAAAUCCUUACAAAAGAAUUCCACUUAGGAUCGUCUGGAGAUCCAGCUUCACAAAGUACAACUAUUCGCUGGAAAGAAGGAGCAGAUCUUACAAAAAGAUCUAAAAACAAAAGUCAAUUGAAGGGACGUAAAAGACCAUUAGGUCAUAGAUCAUUUUUUGAUUGGUUUACGGAUCAUGGUGAUCCUAGUUCUGAUGAAAUUGCAGAAUUAAUUAAAGAUGACAUGUGGCCAAAUCCUCUUCAAUAUUAUUUAGCGCCUGACAUGGAAGUAGAGAAUGGAAUUGAAGGAGAUGGAGAAGACUUAGAAAGUGAUGAAGAUGAAGAUGAUGAGGAUGCAGGAGAAGAAGGCGAAGAAGUAGGUGAGGGAGAAGAGGGCGAUGACAGCAUAGUAGUAGUAGAAGAUGAUGCAGAUGAGGACGAUGAAGAAGAAGAGGCUGUGAAUGAGGAAGAUGAAGGUGCGAAUGAUGAAGAUGAUUUAUUAGUAAAUGAUGAAGUUGAUCGGGAAGAGGGAGAGGGUGAAGAACCUGAAUAAUAAUCUUGCAUCAAUAAAUCAUCACAGUUGUUACAAUUGUCUGCAGAAAAAUCACAUAAUUGUGGGCAAAUGAUUAAAAUUAAGGAUAAAAAAUACUACGAAAUAAUUGAGUAUUCAAAGAUUUCAAUA